UCGAAGUCCGAGAUAAUUCAUAUAUAGUGCACAGAUUUAACGGGAUUGUAAUAAUCGGCUAAUAACAUUGAGUCGUAGGGUAUUGGUAGUAUUUUUCAGCACUCGUUUGCAGUAGUGUAUACAGAGAUAUAUGUCAUGGCGGCGUCCAAAGAGGACGAUUACAAAGAUUCUUUUGAUGCCGAAUUCUACCUGAAGACUUACUACAGCAGCGUGAAGUCCGUGGAUGGAACGACCGAGUUUAUGCUGAGUCACUAUCAUGACAUCUUUCAAACAGGGGAGAUAACCGGGAAGAGGUUACUGGACAUCGGGACGGGCCCAGCCAUCUGUUACGUCAUAGAGCAAUGCCUGAGGUUUGAUCAGGUGUACCUGAGCGACUUCCCCGAGUCGAACCGCCGGGCCUUACACCAGUGGCUCUCCAACCACAACUUCCACGAUUACAGCCCCUUCUUCAAGCACUUAGCCAAGAAAUUCUCAGACGAACGGACAUGGGAAGACAUUCGUGACGAGGUGGCCCAAAAGCUGAGUGGAAUUCUGUUCUGUGACGUGCGCUCGGCCAGUCCGCUGAAGCCUAGUUUCUUCCCUCAGUUUGAUGCCGUGACGUCGACGUUCUGCCUUCACGCCGUUCCGGAGACGCUGGGCGAGUACCGGGCGAUCGUGAGGAACGUCUCUAGCCUGCUGAAGCCCGGGGGGUGGAUGGUAGAAAUGGGACACUUGGAGGAGACUUACUACACCGUCAAGGAUACCCGCUACAACGUGCUCUACAUGAACAAGAAAGACGUGUGCAAGAUCUGGACCGAGGAAGGCUUUACCAUUCACAACUGGAAGGAAUACACACCCGUGUCUCAAGAGAGAAAGACAUACACCGACUGGAAGAGUAUAUUCUGUAUGGUGGCUAAGAAAAAGAAUCCGUCAGAAAAAUAACAUGUAAUAAAUAAAUAUAUCAUUUUCUGAAUAAAA